GCUUUCCUUCUGGUCCAACAGCGUGGGCUAAAGCAGUGUUUCUGGGAGCAGUACCUGAUUCAUUCUGCAAGAACAGCGACUUCUAGCUGAUUCAGAAUGGACUCCUCCUUGAGUGCAGCUCAAAUCCGUGAGAAGUUCAUCGACUUCUUUCGACGCUAUGAGCACCAGUACGUCCACUCGUCAUCCACCAUCCCUCUGGACGACCCCACGCUGCUUUUUGCCAACGCUGGCAUGAACCAGUUCAAGCCCAUCUUCCUCAACACCAUCGAUCCCUCCCAUCCUAUGGCCCGGCUUCAUCGUGCUGCCAACACGCAAAAGUGCAUCCGUGCAGGAGGCAAACACAACGACCUGGACGAUGUGGGCAAAGAUGUCUACCACCACACCUUCUUCGAGAUGCUGGGGUCCUGGUCCUUUGGGGACUACUUUAAGCAACUGGCCUGUAAGAUGGCUCUGGAGCUGCUGACUCAGGAGUUUGGCAUUCCCAUAGACCGUCUGUAUGUCACCUACUUUGGAGGUAAUGAAGAUGCAGGCCUGGAGCCCGACCUGGAGUGCAAACAGAUCUGGAUUGACUUGGGGAUGGAGGAGGCUCGCAUCCUGCCUGGCAGCAUGAAGGAUAACUUCUGGGAGAUGGGCGACACCGGUCCUUGCGGUCCCUGCAGUGAGAUCCACUUCGAUCGCAUCGGAGGCCGGGACGCCUCUCACCUGGUGAACAUGGACGAUCCCAACGUGCUGGAGAUCUGGAACCUGGUGUUUAUCCAGUUCAACAGGGAGUCAGAGACGGAGCUGAAGCCGCUGCCUAAGAAGAGCAUCGACACAGGAAUGGGUCUGGAGCGUCUGGUGUCGGUGCUGCAGAACAAGAUGUCCAACUAUGACACUGACCUCUUCGUCCCUUAUUUUGAAGCCAUUCAGAAGGGCACCGGUGCUCGAUCUUAUACUGGAAAAGUGGGUGCUGAGGAUACCGACGGUAUCGACAUGGCCUACCGAGUGCUCGCUGACCACGCCCGCACCAUCACCAUCGCCCUGUCGGACGGCGGUCGCCCCGACAACACAGGAAGAGGCUACGUGUUGAGGAGGAUCCUGCGUCGUGCAGUCCGUUACUCCCACGAGAAGCUGGGAGCUCAGAGGGGCUUCUUUGCCUCUCUGGUGGACGUGGUGGUCGACUCCCUGGGCGAAGCUUUCCCGGAGUUGAAGAAAGACCCAGAAAUGGUGAAGGACAUUAUUAAUGAGGAGGAGGCGCAGUUCCUCAAAACCCUCAGCAGGGGACGCCGCAUCCUCGACAGGAAGAUAAUGAGUCUGGGAGACAGCAAGACCAUCCCAGGCGACACUGCAUGGCUGUUGUAUGACACAUACGGUUUCCCUCUGGACCUGACCUCCCUCAUCGCAGAGGAGAAAGGCAUGGACGUGGACAUGGCCGCCUUCGAGGAGGAGAAGAAGGCAGCACAGUUGAAGUCUCAGGGUAAGGGCGCAGGAUACGAGGACCACAUCAUGCUGGACAUCUACGCCAUCGAAGAGCUGAGGAACAAGCAGACACCGGCCACAGACGACGCUCCCAAAUACAAAUACACCUCAGAUGAAAACGGCAACUACGAAUUUCAGCAGGCCUCCGCUACGGUGCUGGCUCUGCGCCGCGAUCGCGCCUUCUGCGAUGAAGUGACUACGGGUCAGGAGUGCGGCGUUGUGCUGGACCAGACGUCCUUCUACGCCGAGCAAGGCGGACAGACGUUUGACGAGGGCUACAUGCUUCGAGAGGAUGACAGCACAGAGGAUCGGAUGGAGUUCACUGUAAAGAACACGCAGGUUCGAGGAGGUUAUGUUCUCCAUGUGGGUACCGUCUAUGGAACAUUGAAGGUUGGAGACCGCGUCACUCUACAUGUAGAUGAGGCUCGUCGCAGGCCCAUCAUGAGCAACCACACCGCCACACACAUCUUGAACUUCGCCCUGAGGGGAGUUCUGGGGGAGGCGGACCAGAGAGGUUCCCUGGUCGCCCCCGAUCGAUUGCGCUUUGACUUUACUGCUAAAGGUGCCCUGAGCACGGGUGAGGUCCGCCGGACUGAGGAGAUGGCUUGUGCCAUGAUAAGAGACGCUAAGCCAGUGUACGCCAUGGACGCACCGCUAGCAGCAGCCAAGGCCAUUCAAGGUCUGCGCGCCGUGUUUGAUGAGACCUACCCCGACCCAGUCAGAGUCGUGUCCGUUGGUAUUCCCGUCCAGGAACUGCUGGACGACCCCACCAGUGCUGCGGGUUCUCUCACCUCCAUCGAGUUUUGUGGUGGAACCCAUCUGCAGAACUCGGGUCACGCCGCGCCGUUUGUCAUCGUCUCGGAGGAGGCCAUCGCUAAGGGCAUCCGCCGCAUCGUUGCUGUGACAGGAACAGAGGCCCAGAAGGCCCAGAGGAAAGCCGAUGCCUUGCGGCAGUCUCUGUCUGCUCUGGGAGACAAGGUGAAGCAGCAGACGACCCCGAACAAGGACAUACAGAAAGAGAUCGCCGACAUGACUGAGUCGAUAGGCACCGCAGUGAUCUCUCAGUGGCAGAAGGACGAGAUGAGGGAAAGCCUGAAGGGACUGAAGAAGACCAUGGACGACCUUGACCGCAACUACAAGGCCGACAUCCAGAAGAGAGUCCUGGAAAAGACGAAGGAGAUGAUCGAAAGCAGCCCCAACCAACCGCUGCUCAUCAUGGAGAUGGAGACCGGAGCCUCAGCAAAGGCUCUGAAUGAGUCGCUGAAGCUGCUGAAGUCCCAGUCCCCUCAGACCGCCGCCAUGCUCUUCACCGUAGACCCCGACGCCGGCAAGAUCACCUGCCUGUGUCAAGUCCCACAGGAUGUGGCCAACCGCGGACUGAAAGCCAGCGAGUGGGUUCAGGAGCUGUGCCCCCUGCUGGACGGCAAAGGAGGCGGCAAAGACAUGUCGGCUCAGGCCACCGGCAGGAACAUGCUGUGCCUGCAGGAGGCGCUACAGAUCGCCAACGAGUUUGCACGACUGAAACUGGGAGAGAACUAAGAGGAGAGAGGAGGAGGUCAGACAGAUUAGAAAGCUAACAAAACCACGUUGACAGAUGACCACUGACACUCAGCCAGCACUAAAUGAGCCGCUCGUAUUUACUGGGACAACUCCUGCUGACUCGCCCCAGUAAAGUUCAUCUCUGUGGAAAUGGCUUUAAUAUGUUUAAGAUCCUCUCCUGCAGUUUUAACUGAGGGAGGAUGGCAGACGAUUUCACAGAUUGAUUUUAUCGUUUCAUUCAUUGCAUGUUUGGAUGCAGAGGAAAAGAAAAAGGGAUGCACUUUUUGAAUCAUUUGGCCUCCUGCAAGAACUGCACAGCUCAGACAAAGCGACAGAAACCGUAGCUUCCACCUCAGAUUUCUUUUCUUAGCACAAAGUUGGCUCUUGAUGAACUGCCAUCCUGCCUCCUCUGUGUUUGUGUUUCAUCUCGCUGUAGCCCCGUUCGUUCAGAAACAACCCCGAGGCACUUUGUCUUUCCUUUUGGCUUCCUGUACCGCUUGAGCUCAGCCUCAGAAAGAAAAAGUAAAAAAGUCGGCCUCGCUGUUAAAUGACUUCUCCACAGAGUACACAGUAUGUUCUCGGUUAUCUGAAGGCUUUUAAUCUGAUCUCUGAACAGUGGCUCCGUCCGUCUGUGUGAGUGAAAGCCUGUUUACUCCUGUGAUCGGUCCGACUUGAGCUGUACAUGCUGUAGCUGUAACAUAGUCUUGCUUUUCAAAUAACAAGCCAUUGUCCGACACGGGUUUAAUUUAGUAAACAAACACAUUGACUGUAUAAAAUGAUCAUGAACGUGUCCAGUAAUGAAUCUGUGUAACUUCAUGCCGCUGACAUUUAAUAUUGAUUUGAAUGUCUUAUCAUUGUAGCUGUUCUAUGUCAGACAAUUGUCACGUUAUGGAGAUGGAAUAAAUACAACCGGUAAAAUGCCA